UAUCUGUCCCUCUUUCUCUGCCUUUCUGUCUGUCACUUUCCAUCUCUCCCUCCCCAGGAUGUCGAUUGUGAGCAUUGUUGCCAGGGAGAUCCUGGACUCUCGGGGAAACCCCACAGUGGAAGUGGACCUGCGAACAGAGAAAGGGCUGUUCAGGGCUGCAGUUCCUAGUGGAGCCUCAACCGGCAUAUAUGAGGCUCUGGAGCUGAGGGAUGGAGACCAGAGUCGCUACAAGGGCAAAGGAGUCCUCAAGGCCGUCGGCCACAUAAAUGACACUCUGGGACCUGCCCUCAUCGCUUCGGGCAUCAGUGUGGUGGAGCAGGAGCAGUUGGACAACACAAUGAUCGAAAUGGACGGCACAGAGAACAAGUCCCAGUUCGGGGCCAAUGCGAUCCUGGGGGUAUCUCUGGCCAUCUGCAAGGCUGGUGCUGCAGAGAAAGCAGUCCCCCUGUACCGUCACAUAGCUGACCUGGCCGGAAACACAGAGCUGGUGCUCCCAGUACCAGCCUUCAAUGUCAUUAACGGCGGCUCCCAUGCCGGCAACAAGCUGGCCAUGCAGGAGUUUAUGGUCCUUCCUGUUGGGGCGGAGUCUUUCCGCGAGGCCCUGAGGGUGGGGUCAGAGCUGUACCACACGCUGAGGGGAGUCAUCCAGGAGAAGUACGGCCAGGACGCCACCAACGUUGGCGACGAGGGGGGGUUUGCCCCCAACAUCCUGGAGAACAGUGAGGCUCUGGAACUGCUGAAGACGGCCAUAGAGAAGGCGGGCUUCACAGACAAGGUGGUGAUCGGAAUGGACGUGGCGGCCUCCGAGUUCUACCGCGACGGAAAGUACGACCUGGACUUCAAGUCCGCCCCCGACUCCGACAGACACAUCACUGGAGAGGAGCUGUCUGACAUCUACCAGAGCUUCGUCAACGACUACCCAGUGGUCUCCAUCGAGGACCCGUUCGACCAGGACGAUUGGGAGGCAUGGUCCCGUCUCACGGCAUCUGUGGGCAUCCAGGUCGUUGGGGACGACCUGACAGUGACCAAUCCGAAGCGAAUAGAGAAGGCUGCGGAGGACAGAGCGUGCAACUGCCUCCUCCUCAAGGUCAACCAGAUAGGCUCGGUCACCGAGGCCAUACAGGCGUGUAAACUGGCCCAAGCUAAUGGCUGGGGGGUUAUGGUCAGCCAUCGCUCUGGAGAGACCGAGGACACCUUCAUUGCUGACUUGGUGGUGGGCCUCUGCACUGGGCAGAUUAAGACUGGUGCCCCCUGCAGAUCUGAGAGACUGGCCAAGUACAACCAACUCAUGAGGAUUGAGGAGGAGUUGGGCGAUCAGGCUCGCUUCGCCGGUCACAACUUCAGAAAUCCCAGUGCCCUGUGAGACCCAUCCUCUGUUAGACCACUCCUGUGAGACCCAUCCUCUGUUAGACCACUCCUGUGAGACCCAUCCUCUGUUAGACCACUCCUGUGAGACCCAUCCUCUGUUAGACCACUCCUGUGAGACCCAUCCUCUGUUAGACCACUCCUGUGAGACCCAUCCUCUGUUAGACCACUCCUGUGAGACCCAGCUGACCCAGCCAAACACCCACCACCGACACACACACACACACACAGACAGACAGGACCAACAGCACUACAGACACACACACAGGACCGAUGGGACUACAGACAGAACUGACCAAUCUUUUGACAGGCAGACUAAACUGACAUGCCAGCAGAUUGACAAACGUGGAUGGAGAGAUUUGUGUAGAUCAAAUAUAUGAAGCUUGAAGCACAACUGGAACCGAUGAUUAUGAUAAACAAGAUAAAUAUUUAUAUAGAUAUUUAUAUUGACUUGGAUGACAGAAAUACACAAAGACGCACACAUACAUGACAUUGUGUUGCACAGUCAUGCACUCAUUCACCCAUGACGACAUGAAAACUGCACUCUCCAUCCCCCUCUCCUC